GGUGUAAGUGCAGAUUUCAGACCGGUUAGUUUCUCGCAGAAACCGAGUAGGACGCCGGGGUAGUCAGCCCCUCAUAUCUGUUUGAUAAAGAAAAGGAACACCGGAUUGUCACGUUAACCAACCGGGACGACAAAUUCAGCCACUGAACCGAUACAACAGGAAAGACUUAAAAGGACGACGGUUGGGACAUUUUGUAUAACUUUGAGCUGUCAGUUGUGGUGAGGCAGGUCGGGGGAGAAGACUUCAGCCGAGGGGACCCCCGAGCGGCCCGGUUUCCUAUCAGCGACCGAAGCCGGGGAGCAGGGAGCCGCGCAGCCGGGGAGCGGUGUGUCGGCCAGCGGAUUCAUACUCAAGUUUUUACGAAGAGAAUUGAUCACUGAGUGCCGGGUCAUCCGGACAGAGACCUCAUGAAUGGAAAUCGGAACAACAGUAGCCGUUGGAGCAGCCGCUGAAGCACAAGCCCUUUUUACGUUGCCACGGCGACCUGGCUAUGGCACCCUUGGGAAGCCCAUCAAGCUUCUGGCCAACUGCUUCCAGGUGGAAAUACCCAAGAUCGACGUGUAUCUAUAUGAGGUGGACAUCAAGCCUGAUAAAUGUCCUCGUCGGGUCAACAGGGAGGUGGUGGACUCCAUGGUUCAGCAUUUCAAGGUGACCAUCUUUGGCGACUGUCUGCCAGUUUAUGAUGGGAAGAGAAGCCUCUACACAGCGACCCCACUCCCCGUUGCCACCGGAGGGGUGGAUCUGGAUGUCACCCUGCCAGGUGACGGUGGGAAGGACCGCCCAUUUAAAGUCACCAUUAGGUUUGUGUCACUGGUCAGCUGGCACAUGCUGCAUGAAGUCUUGACGGGACGUGGUGUGGCCCAGCCAGUGGACCUGGAGAAACCGAUCAGCACCAACCCCGUUCACGCCGUGGACGUCGUCCUUCGACACCUGCCCUCCAUGAAGUACACGCCUGUCGGACGAUCCUUCUUCUCUUCCCCAGAGGGCUAUGACCACCCGCUAGGUGGAGGGAGAGAGGUGUGGUUUGGCUUCCAUCAGUCAGUGCGGCCGGCCAUGUGGAAAAUGAUGCUCAACAUUGAUGUGUCAGCCACAGCUUUUUAUAAAGCCCAGCCGGUCAUCCAGUUCAUGUGUGAAGUCCUGGACAUUCACAACAUUGACGAGCAGCCCCGCCCCCUCACUGACUCCCACAGGGUCAAGUUCACCAAAGAGAUCAAAGGUCUUAAAGUGGAAGUGACACACUGUGGAACCAUGCGUAGGAAGUACAGAGUCUGCAAUGUAACACGACGCCCUGCCAGCCUCCAGACAUUUCCGUUGCAGCUUGAGAGCGGUCAGACAGUUGAACGUACAGUGGCGCAGUACUUCAGGGAGAAGUACAGCCUGCAGCUUAAGUACCCCCACCUGCCUUGUCUGCAGGUGGGCCAGGAGCAGAAACACACCUACCUGCCCCUGGAGGUGUGUAACAUUGUACCUGGUCAGCGGUGCAUAAAAAAACUAACAGACAACCAGACGUCGACCAUGAUCAAAGCAACAGCCCGCUCUGCACCAGACAGACAGGAGGAGAUCAGCAGACUGGUGAGGAGUGCAAAUUACGAGGCCGACCCUUUCGUUCAGGAGUUUCAGUUCCGCGUGCGCGAUGAGAUGGCUCAAGUGACGGGCCGCGUCCUGCCGGCCCCCAUGCUGCAAUAUGGCGGCAGGGUGAGCUCUGAACCAUUUAUGCCCCAGCAGAUCAACCCUGCACUGUCGUUGCAGAACCGCACGGUGGCCACACCCAGCCAUGGGGUGUGGGACAUGAGGGGGAAGCAGUUUCACACUGGAGUGGAGAUCAAGAUGUGGGCCAUCGCCUGCUUCGCCACCCAGAGGCAGUGCCGAGAAGAGAUCCUCAAGAGCUUUACUGACCAGCUGCGUAAAAUCUCAAAGGAUGCUGGGAUGCCGAUUCAAGGUCAGCCAUGCUUCUGUAAAUACGCCCAGGGAGCCGACAGCGUGGAACCCAUGUUCAGACACCUGAAGAACACCUAUGCUGGGCUGCAGCUCAUCAUUGUAAUCCUGCCUGGGAAAACACCGGUCUAUGCUGAGGUGAAGCGGGUGGGUGACACCCUCCUUGGCAUGGCCACUCAGUGUGUGCAAGUGAAGAACGUAGUGAAGACGUCCCCACAGACCCUCUCAAACCUCUGCCUCAAGAUCAACGUCAAGCUGGGAGGAAUCAACAACAUCCUGGUUCCACACCAACGACCCUCUGUAUUCCAGCAGCCUGUCAUCUUCCUUGGGGCUGAUGUCACUCAUCCUCCAGCAGGAGACGGGAAAAAGCCAUCUAUUGCAGCGGUGGUAGGCAGCAUGGACGCCCACCCCAGCAGGUACUGUGCUACAGUGAGGGUCCAGAGGCCCAGACAGGAGGUCAUCCAGGAUUUGGCCUCCAUGGUGCGGGAGCUCUUGAUCCAGUUUUACAAAUCGACCCGCUACAAGCCAACCAGGAUCAUCUUCUACAGGGAUGGAGUGUCAGAGGGACAGUUCAGACAGGUGCUGUACUAUGAGCUGCUGGCCAUUAGAGAGGCUUGCAUCAGUCUAGAGAAGGAAUACCAGCCGGGGAUCACCUACAUUGUUGUGCAGAAACGCCAUCACACUCGUCUCUUCUGUGCAGAUCGCAAUGAGCGGGUUGGGCGAAGUGGAAACAUUCCUGCCGGCACCACAGUGGACACAGACAUCACCCACCCUUACGAGUUUGACUUUUACCUCUGCAGUCAUGCUGGAAUCCAGGGUACGAGCCGACCUUCCCACUACCAUGUUCUGUGGGAUGACAACUGUUUCACCGGCGACGAGUUCCAGCUCCUCACCUACCAGCUGUGCCACACCUACGUCCGCUGCACGCGCUCCGUCUCCAUCCCAGCACCGGCCUACUACGCCCACCUGGUGGCCUUCCGUGCCCGCUACCAUCUGGUUGACAAAGAGCACGACAGUGCGGAGGGCAGCCACGUCUCAGGGCAGAGUAACGGCAGGGACCCCACGGCGCUGGCCAAGGCUGUUCAGAUACACCACGACACACUGACGACCAUGUAUUUCGCCUGAGCACCCUCCUCCGCUUCCCUCCAUCUUUCCCAGCCAGUCUAAGUGUCUGACUUCCAUCAGCCGCGUCGUCUCAUCACGCAGAGCGACCCACCCCCCUGUCUUUGUGCUGAUGCAGCUUCGGUCACUGGAUCUCAAUGACAACAAUGACUGCGGCUGUGGGCUGCGUGAGGAUAUAAUAAGCCAGAGAGGAGUUACAGCCACAUUAUGCAAUUUGAAAUCAGCCAAUCGUUCCUGUGCUCCACGCCCAUGCAUCUCUCUACACCUACACCUCCUCUGCUGUAUUUAAAUCACAAUGGAUUCUGUCUCCUUUUUAAGAGCUCACAAGUCACAUCCUCGCCUUCCUGUUUGACAGCAGCAAGUUUUAUUUUAUUUUUUUUGUGUGUGUUUAAAGAAUGGCAGAGCAGCAGGGAAUACAAAAACUGAUUUUUUUGUUUUGGUGCAUGGGUGGAAGAAGAACCAGUGAGGACACUGACGUGCUCCAUAGCCUCACGCUGAGCCUGAUGUUGCUAGUUUAUAUUGUAGACGGUUUUACAUGUUUGUUUGUGUGUUUUUAGCUUGUCUAGAUCCAAUACUGUACGUGUUAUUUCUCUGUCGAGCAAAUGUGUGAUUGCCAUGGCAACCUGUUAGUCGAGUACGCUCGUUAAACACAAAAGCUUGGCCCUUUCUCUUCCCCUGAAAACGGCAGGCUGCCUUAGCGGUUACUCUUCUGUCUCCCUUUAAGCCAGUGGUUCCUUCACAGUCGUUCAGCCAGACAGUUAGAAGCAUAACUCUGCACUCUGAACACAGACACUGAAUGAAAUCUUAAUUUAUAUUUUUUUAAACAAAGCCACGUACAGCCAUUGAUGAGGCUAUCGCUCGAUGCCUUACUGCGAGGCGAGGUGCAUAAAGACGACUGUUAGAACAUGAGGCCAUGGUUUUAAACCUCUCACUUAUAGUUCAGCUUGUGUUAUACCAAACGUUUCUUGAGUGUUUUAUUCCUCUUGCUAUUUAUGAGUUUUUCUCUUUAACUUAAAUUAACAUUCAGCAAUAGAGCAGACGGUUUUUUUCGCCUGACGACCACAAACCUUUUGACUUUUUCCCAGUUUUUACACGAGGAACUGACCAAUUUUAGUUGUCAUGAACUCCUUCAGUGCAAUAAGGUGUUAACGCAGAGCGAGCAGGUUCAGUGGUGAAUGUUUUCAGUGAGUAUUCGUGUGGUAACAUUGUUUUGUGAGUGAGUUUUGGCAAGUGGCGAUGAGCUCGGAUUCAGGAAUGUGCGGUAGGACCGACGCUGCAGACGAGAGGAUCAGCUGCGAGGUCUGAUGGUGUUUGGAGAGAUUAAACAAAGUGCCUGAUCAUGUUAGAGAGCGACCUGUCGGUUGGAUGAAGGUUUUUAAUCGUACGUAGGUUUGGGUGCCUCUGUCAAUACAUUUUGUGAAAUGUUCUCAGAAUCCCGGCAAACUGUAAAAACACUGCACUGCCUGACACACAGAGCUGGACUGUGGUUGGAUCUCAACGCAAGCCACAAAAAGUUUGUGUGAUUAUUAUAAAAAAUGUUUUCGUGAUAGGGAAACAGUUACCUCCAUAUCCACUUAGCGCUUUGUUUCCUUGUGAUCACGAAAUAUUCUGUGAUCAGAGUUCAGAAAUCACUUAAAAUUUUAUCAUCAAGAGAAACAAAACUUACAGUAGUUAUAAAAGCGACAAACUGUUUUCUCCUUUAAUCACAAAAUGAUUAGUGAAUGAUCACAGACCUCCCAUUCUCGCAAAAUAAUGAUGACUAAAGGAAAUGCUCAAUAAUCAUAUAAUCAUUUACCCAAGUUCUUAUUUCCUCCUCAUUAAAUAUUGUCAGCCUGGUUUCUGAGCCUUUGAAUUGCUGCACAGUGAUUAAUUAUCUUGCAAAAACAAAGCUUGUUAAGUAAAUAUCUUACAGAAGAAAAACAAAAAGUAUAGAUAAUCCCACUCGCUCAAUAAGCAGCACUUACAGAUGUGAAUUUCUGAGCAGGUGUUGCAUGCAGUCAGGUGCAGAUGCAUGUUCUCACUCGGUGCUCUGACUCAAAGACUCACUGUUCAGUUUCAGAUUGUUAAUCACCUGCUGUAGCUUUGUUACCUGUGUUUUCAGAGGAUGUCUGAGGCCUGGUGUCUCCACAGCUGGUUUCAGUACCUUUACAGUUCUGAGUCGGGCUGCAAGUGAUGAUUAUUUUCACCAUCAGUUCAGUCAAUGUGUGUUUUUUAGUCAUAUGCAGGGUUCAAUUUUAAUGUUUUUUUUGUGGCUUAAGAUCUACUUGCCCAAAGUCAGUUUUUACUUACCCCAAUACAAAGUGUUUUAUUCAUUAGCAGCCAUCACAUAACAACAAAGACUAAAGUCAGUUGUCUUUAUUUAAGUAAAUGAAUUGGAACAAAAACGCUGUGUGUCAUAGAUGUGAGGCAACAAGCAUUUUGCAUAUCGAAAAUUGUGUGACAAUCCCCCCUCUCCUUGUCCAGUGAGAUGGACUUGUCCUACGGUCACAGGCGUCUUCUAACGCCACCUGACUUAAACACUGUUUCCAGGAACUUUGUUUUUACCUGCGGCUAUUUUCUCGCGAGUGCCUGAUUGGUUCUGCUCAGCGUGAUGGCUCACUAGCUCACCAUUUGCAAGAUCAGGCAAGAGAGCUGCUAGAUUUAAAAGCCCAAUGUGGCAUUUUGCUUGCCCCAGGCGAUCAUGCAGUCCUUAUUGAUGAACCCUAAGAUGUCCUGUCUUGUCUGACCAACAGCCUGAAACUCCAAAGAUAUAGUUUACUCUCAUAUAAGACAAAGAAAAAAAAAUGUCACAAUUUCUGCCCCCUUUUUUUUUGCUUGAAAAUUUCCAAAAUGAUCAAUCAAUUAUCAAAGUGGUUGCCAGUUAUUUUUGUUUAUUAAUUAGUUGAGUUAUUGUUGCAGCUCUGCUUCUGCAACUUCUGAGACUUUUCCUAAUAAUACCUUUCUACUCUGGAGAAAACAGUAUGUCAUUAUGCAGUGAAGAACAGAUUUUCUACAACAUUUAGACACAUAGUCAGCUCAUUGAGCUCACAUUAUAACUGAAUAAUUAUCUGUGUAUCACAUCUGCUUGAAAGAAUCCAACAUUUUGAAGUUAUCAGUAAUGUUUAUGCCUUUGAUGAGUCAUCGUCGACAGUGUUGCGAUGCCCAGCCCUUGUGGGUGUUGUCUGUCACGGCCUUGCAGUACAGUUUAAUACAGACGAAGCCUUCAGGUUUCAUCACUCGGACCAAACCAACGUGCCUGGUCGGGGGUCGGGGGAGGGAGAGGGUGAGGGUGAAGGACUCUGGGGAGCCUUACAGCAUCGAGCUGACGUGCUCUGCACUGCUAACUGUGCUUGUCACAUGAACCAAACUGAAGCUGCUAUGAGAAAACACAUUUAUUGAAUAUUUCAUCAGACACAUACAGGCUAUAUAUUAAUACAGAGAGAUGAAGAGGAUGAUGGUAUUUUACUGCACUUAUAGAGAUGUGUGUGUGUGUGUGUUUAUGGUUGAACAGAGACAACGGUUAAACAAUUUAAUUCUCAGAAUAUCAGAAGCAUUUGUCCCCCCGUGUGUUUGUCGUCACGUUGCAGCUGUUUCUUAAUGUCACACAUUACCAGCAUUUGAUUUUACUUGAAGAUAAUUAGUCGUGGGCAUGUUUAACAUUGUUGGCUAGUGCUCUGCUUGUGUUUUGGAAAGUCUGUACGGAGCCUUACGACCCUUUUAACGCCACGUACAGUAAAUCGCCCUCUAGAGCCUGUCGGCAGGGCUUUGUGUCUUACAGUGCUGGACAUCAGAUGCCUUGUUUUUCUGCAAAAAUAAAAGCAUUUUUAAGUCUGAA